AUGGCUAGCGUACCACAGCAAGCUACACAGAAUCUGCUGGCUAGAGCGCAUUCUCCCGACAGCGCAAACCGCAUCUACUCAGAAAAGAUACAAUACCGCUCGCUCAUUCUUCGACCGACCUCUCCUCCACCAGCUACCAUCAAUGCCCGCGCCGCACGCCGAAAAGCUCGCCAGGACAAGAAAGAGAAACAGAAGCAGAAGCCUAAGCCACUCUCAUCACGGGAGAGACGAAAUCUAGGCCUUCACGAUAUCCCCAAGGAUGGCCAGAAAUACCACAUUUAUGAGCCUUUGACUCACCUGUGGCUAGGCUACGCCCGGGAGUUGCUUGGAAACGACAUCUUUACCGGUGGACCUAACGCAGCAGUGAAACUGGCAAGCGCUGAGUUUCAUGGUGCUCCUAUUCAGGUUGUACGAAGCCAUUGCCCUGGUCGAGUUGGUAUCGAAGGAAUCGUUGUCCGUGAUCGCAAGUUCGUCUUUGAGAUCAUAACUAAAAAGAGGGGAGUCAAAGUCGUUCCUAAGGAGGGCACAAUUUUUCGAGUGGAAGUUCCACUCGAUGAAAAAGUUACAGAUGGAGAAAAGGCUUCAAACAAAACGUUUGCCUGCGAGGUAUUUGGUGAUCAAAUGAUGGUAAGGGCACCAGAUCGUGCGAACAAGAAGUUCAAGGCCCAUUUCCUCCUGAACGUCUGA